AGCGAGUGUCGUAAUAGCGAUGUUUUCAAAAUCCGUGUCGGUUGGUACAACUGGGUCUUGAUCAACACACCUGAGGCAGUACGGGAGAUCUUCGAGAAGCAAGCCAUCAAAACUUCCUCCAAACAGCCUUCUCCGAUGGGCCACGACAUCGUCACCGGCGGUAAACGUAUGCCAACUAUGCCUUACGGACCACAUUGGCGGGCACAUCGAUCGGUGGUGCGCCAAGUCACGACUGUCCCCAUGACUGCAACAUUCGUUCCCAGUCAAGAAUUCGAGACAAAACAGUUGCCUUUCGACCUCGCCAUGGAUAACGACAACCAGCGAGACUUUUACCAACAUAUGCGGAGGUAUGCGUUUAGCAUUAUCAUGACCAACACAUUCGGCACGCGCGUGAAGAACUGGGAUCAUCCCGAUGCGCAGAAUGCAGUGCGCAGUCAAGCGAUCAUGCGACGAACAUCAAAGCCUGGUGCUUUUCUGGUUGAUGAUAAGUUUCCACCAUUGGCUCUUCUACCAAAGUUUCUUCAACCUGGGCGAAAGGAUGGGAUCGAAGCAGGCAAGGAAGUCCUUGAUAUCAAGAUGGGGCUGUGGCACCACUGGAAAAGCAGUUUGAGGCUGGGAAAGCGCCUCACUGUUUUGCACGAAGCAUUCUCGAAAACAAAGAUUACUGUUUCCGGUGGCCUUGUUGAGGCUGGAUUCGAGACAUCCGCUGCGACUUUGAACAGUCUCGUGCUUCAACUUGCUGCAACCCACGCCGCCCAGGAUGAGCUGAUGAGGGUGGUUGGACCAAAUCGCCUUCCAAAGUUUGAGGACAUGGUUAAUCUGCCUUAUAUUCGCGCUUGUGUGAAGGAGAUGCUUCGAAUGAACCCUAUCCUCGCCCCAGGCAUCCGUCGCUAUGAAGACCAGGACGUGAUUUACAAAAACCAUGUCAUUCCCAAGGGAACCGUGCUUCUUGCCAAUACGGCUUUCCUGCACUAUGAUCCAACACGAUUCGAAAAGCCUUUCGAAUUCAUGCCGGAGCGCUUCCUCGAGCAUAACCUGUUCAGUUCUGAGUAUGCGGCUAUGAGCGACCCGUACAAGCGAGACCAUUUUACCUUCAGCACGGGUAGGCGCACAUGCCCCGGUGCUCGUCUUGCAGAGAGCUCACUCGACAUCGCUGUCAGUGGCAUGCUGUGGGCCUUUGAGAGCCGACCGCCACUGGUGGAUGGCGUCGAGGCGGAGAUGAUCUUGAGUGACAAUGCCUAUCCCGAUGGUGGUUUCACCAUUCUUAAGCCUUUUGCUGCCAGAUUCGUGCCCAAGAGCCCAGAGAGGCUUGAACUUGACAAGAAACAGUGGCAGGUUGCGAUGCAAGAAAGCUACGAGUUGCGUGGUAUUCCGGUUGAUGUUAACGGAAUGCUUUAUCAAUGA